GUCUUUGAUCCAGAAUGACAUUGACCUGCGAGAUACUCGGAAAAACUGUGACAAGGGCAAUUUGCGAGUGAAACCUCAGCAAGGCACCGCUGUCUUCUGGUACAACUACCUGUCAGAUGGAGAAGGCUGGGUGGGGGAGCUGGACGACUUCGCUCUGCACGGGGGCUGCCUGGUCACCCAGGGCACCAAGUGGAUCGCUAACAACUGGAUCAACGUGGACCCCAACCGCCGGCGGCAGCAGCAGUUCCAGCAGGAGAUGGAGCGCUUUGCGGGGUCUGAGGCGGGGCCCGGGGCCGGAGCCCCGGGCGAGUGGACAGUGGACAAGGCCUACAGCGGGGUGCACCUGGAGCUGUAGUGCCGGGAGCGCCGCCGCGGGCGCGUCACCUUCCCCCGCGCAGGGCGGGGGGGGCGGGGCCGCGUCGCGCGCCAAUAAAGCGUGGAGACACGGGCGGCGCGUCCGCGUGCUCGGGGCGGGGCGGCGGGGCCGGCCAAUAGGCGGUGGUGCGGCUAAGAUGGAGUCGGUAGCGCUGGUGGCGCCGGUGACAGCGCUGGAGUUCGCGGGGGAUGUGCUGCUGGCGGGUACAGGCCCGGAGGUGGUGGCGUUUCGGCUGAGCGGCGGCGGGCCAGCGGCGGCAGGCCGGCGGAGCGUGCUGCGUGAGGCCAGCGUGCAGGGGCUGCGGGCCGAGCCGGAGCCGGGGCGCGGGCCGGCGGCGCGAGUAGCGGUCUUCGGCGGGCGCUGUUUGGCAGUGCUGGCGGUGCGGCGCGGCGGAGCGGGCGGUGGGCCGCUGCUGGCGGCGUGCGGCGGCGGGGCCGCGCGCGAGCUCCGGGCGCGGGUGUGGGAGGUGCGCUGGGCGGCGGGCGGGCGGCUGGCGAUGGCGCUGGGCGGCGGGACCGUGGCGCUCUACGAGUGGUGGGGCGGCGGGCGCUGGCUGCGGCAGGCGAGCUGUGCCGGGGCCGGGGCGCUGCGCUGCGCCGUGCUGGCGGGGGUGAGCUGGGGGCGGCUGGCGCUGGCGGCCGGUACGGCGACGGGGAACGUGAUGGUGUGGCGGGCGGCGGCGGCGACGGCCCCGCAGCGUCAGCUGUGCGGGCACCGGGGCGCGGUGCUCGCGCUCUGCUACGCGGCGUCGCGGGGGCUGCUCGCCUCCGCCUCCGAAGACCGCAGCGUGCGGCUGUGGGCCGUGGGCGAGUUGGGCGGCGGGGACGGGGCCGGCGCCUGCCUGCUGGUGUGCUACGGGCACGGGGCGCGAGUGGCCGCCGUGGUGCUGCGGGGGCCGCUCCCGGUCAGCGCCGGGGAGGACGGCGCCUGCCUGGAGUGGGGUGGCGGCGGCGGCGUGCGGCGGGCGCGGCGCGGGGAGCGGCCGCGGGCCGUGCUGCUGGUGGGGCCGCGGCGGGUCCUGGUGCUGGACGAGGCGGGCGGGCUGGCGGCGUUCGAGGUGGCUCAGGGGCGCUGGACGCCGGUGCUGCAGCCCGCUGCCAGCGGGCCCCGCGCCAUGCUGGCGGCCGCCCCGCUGCACGGAUGGGACGAGACGCUCUGCGCCGUGGCCGGCGGCGACGGGCGCCUCCUCCUGUUCGCCUUGAGCCGCCCCGGGGCCGCCGCCAAGCUCACGCUGUUCGAGGGGGCCGUGCACGGGCUGAGCUGGGCCCCCCGUCCUGGGCUGCCCCCCGACACCGCUGCUGCUCUUCUGGCCUCCGGUCCCGAAGGGGAGAUGCUCUGGCUGGACGUCACCCACCGCCCCGGGCAGGCACCCUGGGUGCAGCUCAUGGGUCGGUACCUGUUGCCCCCCUGCAAGCAGCGCUGGCACACCUGUGCCACCUUCUUGCCCCAGGAAAGGCUCCUGGUCUGUGGGGACCGCCGGGGCUCCCUCCUCCUCUUCCCUUGCAGCGGCUCCUCGGGGUGGGCUGCAGAAGGCACCAGCAUUGUCAAUGGCAGCACUGACCCCGUUGUUGAGGACUCCAGCAAUGAGCUGGAACCCUCUUGCUUGUUGCACAAAGGGGCUCUUCCUCUUGAGUCCCCACUGUCAGUGCUCUUUGGACUCCAUGGGAAGACAGGAGUUACCUCGGUGACCACCCACAGUGGGUAUAUUUACAGCACUGGCCGGGAUGGUGUCUACCGCCAGCUCCGCCUGCGGGACCAGCAGCUGGAGGUCCUGCAGAAGCACAGGCCCUGCAAAGGGCUGCAAUGGAUUGAGGAGCUGCGCUUCACAUCGGAUGGGGACCUGCUUGUGCUGGGCUUUCACGCUGACAACUUCGUGGUGUGGAGCAGCAGGACCGGCGCGAACAUCCACUGCAUCCCCUGUGGGGGCGGGCACCGCUCCUGGAGCUACUGCAGCAGCCCUUUGGCCGAGGUGUUUGCCUUCAUCAAGUCUGGGGAUGUGAUGCUGUACCACCAUGAGGCCGAGCCCUGCGAGCAGCAAGUGCUGCUGGCAUCCCUGCACGGCCGGGAGAUCACCUGCGUGCGGCGCCUGGGGGCCCUGGAGGUGCCCGGCCACGCCACCGUUAAUGUGUUUGUCACCGGCAGUGAGGACACCACAGCCUGUGUCCUGGUGCUCAGUGAGAGCUCUCGGGCAGCUGUGCCCCUUGCCCGCCUCAGUGACCACAUUUCCAGUGUGAGGACGUUGGCAUUCGCCAUGGGACCUGGAGAUGAGGGCUUUGGUGAUGAGGGCUUGUCUGCCCUGCUCUUCUCUGCAGGCGGCCGCGCACAGAUUGAGUGCUACCGGCUGCUGUGCACUGGGGACACGGCGGCUCAGAGUGCUGUGGCCUGCCAGGUCAUCCACGUGGCCUCCCACCGGCUGGACAAGCACUGGGAGAAGAAGAAGAACAGGCACAAGCUUGUCAAGAUGGACCCAGAGACAAGGUACAUGUCCCUGUCAGUUGUGCCUGGGACGAGCACCAAGCAGCUGCCAACACCCUGGAAAUUCCUGGCUGCUGCCUGCAGUGAUGGAUCAGUCCGGAUCUUUGGGCUGCUGGAGGCUGCACGGAAGUUGGUGCUGGUGGCAGAGUCAUUUCACCACCAGCGCUGUGUGCUGAAGGUGGAAGCGUUCCUGCACACGUGGGCAGGAGGGGAGAGGAGGCACCUCCUGUGCAGCGCAGCCACUGAUGGCAGCAUUGCCUUCUGGGACAUCACUGGCCCCAUCAUGGAUGCAGCAGAUGCCCUGCACCAAGCAGAGGAAGAGAUGCAGCCCCUGGCCCUGGACGCCCCCCUGGUCACCAUCAUGGCCCACAGCUGCGGAGUGAACAGCCUGCACAUCCGCGGGACACCCGAGGGACGGUACCUGGUGGCCAGUGGCAGUGAUGAUGGCUCCAUCCAUGUCUGCCUGCUGGAGGUAGCCCUGGGCAGGGGUGAGGCCACGGCAGGGACCUGCCUGCAGCUCCUGGAGCGGGUGUCCAGGCCCUGUGCCCAUGCUGCCCAUGUGACGGGGAUCCGGGUGCUGCGGCCAGACCUGCUGCUCUCUGCCUCAGUGGACCAGCGCCUGACGCUGUGGAAGCUGUGCCCAGGAGAGCUGGUGCCCCUCAGCACCACCUUCUUCCACGUGCCUGACCUAGCCGAGCUGGACUGCUGGGAGGUGUUGGAGGCUGGGGGCGAGCUGCGGUACUACUGCGUGCUCUGUGGGCAGGGCCUGGAGAUGCUGUGUGGCACAGCCUCCUCCAAACCUCCUCCACAAGAGGCUCCUCAGUAAUGGGGCAGGUGUGUGACACAUCCAGGUCCCUGCGUGCAUUCAGAGGGCACCCUGCACUUGGGCUCUGCCCAUCACUGUGGUCCCUGCCUUCAGCCUGCACACUCAUGUGUCUUGUCCUGAGGGGCCAGGCAUACUUGGCUCCUUUAGGCACAUGCCGUGGUUGUGGUGCUCGAGGCCAAUGGUCUCUGGGAAGAAGGCAGAUGUGAUCUCUCCUGGACGAGCCUAGGGCUUCCCCAUGCAGUAAGGAAGUGGGGCUGUUAGUCCCCACUGCCCAAGAGCAGCUCUUCCUCUGCAAGGUGUGAAGGACCCAUGUCAGCUUUCCAGUCUUGAUCUCAGAGAGGAACCUUGCUUAGGAGGUACUGAGGACAUGGCCCAGCCCAGGGAGCUUGAGGAGCAGCAGGACGCCAGGAAGGGUCAGGGACUGGUGUGACACAUGGUGGGCUGCAGCCUUGUGUGUCCACGGACAGAGCCCCGCGUGACAGUCCUGGCCCUGCAGAGCUGAGGAUAGUGCUGAAAUGCACAGGGACACUGAUCCUCCACAGCAGCACCCUUGUGGCUGCGCUGUCCACAAAUAGCACCCCCCUCAGGCCAAGUGGGUUUUUCCUGCACAGCAGCAGGACCCAGGACAGUCGGACCAAAGAAAGGAAGGAAGGACAAACAACCCUGAGGUCAGACACAUAGAGGGGUUGUCCAGCAACGAGUGUAUUGGGCCCAACUACUGGGGCCUGGCUCAGAGCCCAACAGGAGCCAGGAGCCUCAGGAGCUCCCUGCCAGCACAGAGCACCUUUCAAUAAAGUUUUGAGGGAGGUGAA